UGUCUCAUUGUCUGAUUUUUUUGUACAGUGGCUUAUUGCUAGCGAGAAGGUUAAACAAACUAAACCAAAUCCGUUUGCUAGUGAAUUGGUGACUAGUAUGGAAAAGCGAUUGCAGAGUUUGAAAAACUCUAGGGCUUUUAAAAUGACCCUCUAUCUGGAUCCGCGUCUGAAUUAUGCUGGCUCGAAGCUUUUCAGUUACGAGGAGAAAGAAGAGAUUCAGGGUUACAUCACUGAGUUAUGGCACAGAAUCCGAGAUACUAGCAUCCCAAUUUCGGAAACCUCAUGCGAUCUUCCUGCAAGUAAUUUGCUGGAGGAUGAAAACGAUAUCCUCAUAGCUGGACUUUUUGGAAGCUCUACCGUUAGCUCAGGCGAUGGAGAAGGGAGUGGUUUCAUGCAACAGCUGAAGGCGGUAGAAGUUGAACCUCGACGAGGCGUCAAAUUUGAUGUAUGGGAGUUUUAGAUGGAUCGAAGCGGAACUCACCCUGAACUCAGUGCCGUGGCUU